CACAGACUGAACAUAACCUUAUUUGACCUUAUCAAUUUUUUGUUUAUAAAAUUUUGCCUUUAAUUUUUGUUAGUUAAAUGUUAAAGGAAAACGCUAGAUAUGAAAUAUUAUAAACUUAGUAAUUAACUUAAUGAUUACGAUUUAGUUUUGCUGUUGACAAUUUCCGUUUACACAUCGAAAUGGAUCAAAUGCUACCGAGUCCCGGGUUUAGCAUCCCUAGUAUUGGAACUCCACUACACCAACCUGAGGAAGACCAACAGAUUUUACCAAAUGCAUUACAACAGCAACAACAGUCCCAACCUGCCACCAGUCAAGUACCAUCUUUAGCUCCGAUGGGAGGUCUAACGCCCACAUUAGGCCUGGGCAUGGGAAAUGCCAUGUCCAUGCCACACACAAAAUACGUUACAGCUUAUCAAAUGCCUAUGUCCACUAUGCAUAGUGGAAUGACCCCUCAAACACCACAGCACACUAUGAUGUCACCUAUGGUAAACUUGGGUGGUUCGGGGGGUAGUGGUGCCACUCCAAAUGUUGGCGGCCCUGCUACUCCUUCUCCUAUGACUCCGAUGACUCCACAUUCCGCAGACCCAGGAAUUGUACCACAAUUACAAAAUAUUGUAUCAACUGUAAACUUAAACUGUAAAUUAGACUUAAAAAAAAUUGCGUUGCAUGCUAGGAAUGCAGAGUACAAUCCGAAACGUUUUGCCGCAGUCAUUAUGAGAAUUAGGGAGCCUAGAACUACAGCACUGAUAUUUAGUUCGGGCAAGAUGGUGUGUACAGGGGCGAAAAGUGAAGAGGAUUCUAGAUUGGCGGCUAGAAAGUAUGCUAGAAUAAUACAAAAGCUUGGAUUCCCAGCGAAAUUUCUGGAUUUUAAAAUACAGAACAUGGUAGGCAGUUGUGACGUCAAGUUUCCCAUCCGUCUAGAGGGCUUGGUAUUGACGCACAGUUCUUUCAGUUCCUACGAGCCGGAACUUUUUCCCGGUUUGAUCUAUCGUAUGGUGAAACCCAGGAUCGUUCUGUUAAUAUUCGUGUCUGGAAAGGUGGUCCUAACGGGAGCUAAGGUUAGGCAAGAGAUUUACGAGGCGUUCGAUAACAUCUAUCCCAUUUUGAAGAGUUUCAAAAAACAGUGAUUAUUUUCAAAGACUAUAAUAAUUUUAAUGCGCUGCGUGCCAACAUGUUCGCUAUGAAUGGGAACGUUUUUUAUUAUUUGGAGUUAUCCAAAAAAAAUGUUACAUGAAUAAAAUUAUAAAUAAGAUAUAAAUACAAACUUUUUUCUAUGGUA